AUGUUCUCUACUCUCCGCCUCAUCCUGGCCACUGCCUUCCUCCUCAACCUGGCCGCCGCUUUCCCUCUCAUCGGUCGCGAUAUCCAGUGGUCCUUCACCCUGUUCCAGUCCCCCUCCUGCAACGGGACUAUCGGCGACCCCCACGCCGGAUCCGGCAGCACGGGCUGUCGCGCCGACCUCCACAGCGUUGCCUCCGCCUACACGCUGAACACUGUCGCGGAAGGCUGUCGCAUCGAAUUCUUCGAUAACACCAUGUGCGACCAGAAUGAACUCUCCGAUGUCGCGGGUCAAAUCACUCCCACCGAUACCUGUCGCAUGGCUGGCCCCAGACGCCGCUACGGCUCUUACCAGGUCUCCUGCGAGUGA